AUGAGAGUACCACUCGCUACAAGCCUCAUCGUAUUCACUGGGCAUGCACUGGCUCAUGGUGGCGUACAAAACUACACAAUUGAUAGCCUGACCUACCCAGGUUACCAAUGGUCCAAACCGUAUGAAGGCCAGAUAGACUUGAUCCAACGCUCAUGGCAUGCCUACCCGAUCACCGACCCGGCGUCUAGCAAUAUGACAUGCAAUUUCAAGGGCGCGGCCGUCCCGGGCGCCUACCAUGCGCCGGUCCAGGCCGGAGACAGCAUCUCGGUCACUUGGUCCGAGGACGGGUACGGCUGGCCACAUACUGUCGGACCUAUCAUGGCCUACAUGGCCUCAUGCGGUGAUGAUUGUACGGCUAUAACCGAUAUUGCCAGUCUCGAAUGGUUCAAGAUUGCCGAAGAGGGACUACGAGAAGGCCAUGCUGUCGGGGACGAGACUGGUUGGUUCCAGGAUGACUUGUGGGAGAACCAAAUCACCGACCUUUGGGACGUUGUGGUGCCGGCGAACCUGAAGCCCGGCAAGUAUAUGAUCCGUCACGAGAUCAUCAACCUAGCGCUGGACCCAGUCCAGUUCUAUCCGGACUGUGCACAAUUGGACGUAAGAGGCUCAGGCGUUGGCGUGCCUUCUGCAGAGUACUUAGUCAAAUUCCCGGGGGGUUAUUCGGUGACCGGUUAG